AUGACGUCUGAAGCGACUGGUUUCGCCCAUACGAACAACAUGAAUUCCGACUCUUUGACCACUCAGCAACCCGUCCCAGCGCCAGCUGGGCAGGGUGUGAGUACAGCUGAUCAGGAGAACAAGUCUAAAACACAACCAAGCCAAGUCCGCUUCUCUUCGACAACGGAGGAGAUUGAGCCGUCGGCCGCCACUGGUGGCCCCGGACUGACGCCAAUCGAGACCCCCAAGCAGAUGGAUGACUUGAGGUCGUUGGCAGCUAGCCUACAAAAAUCCCAAUUACAAGAGUCUCGGCUGGGGAGUUUCUCAUAUGACCCCGUCUCUCUACCUUCUUCAAGGGUAUGUAUUCAGGGUAUCUGCCGGCAUGUUGCGUCUCGAGAAUCAAGCGAUCGCAGUACACGAGGAGCUAAUGGAUCCGGUUUGCCGUCUCCCCAUGCCUCCCCACCGGUGUCCGUGAUGCAAUCACCACCACUUACACCCGCGGCCACCCAUUCGCGUGAAUCCAAAACUAAUGGCACUUCCUCGAUGUCGAAUGCUACAGAUCGAGGAACCGGCGCAAACUCAGCGGCGAUGACCCCAGAGAUGUCUCCACCCAUAGGCGGGUCCACGAAGAGCCAAGCGCCCCAAAGCGCCCCAACUUCGCGGCCUGGUUCGACCGACCACCUGGCGAAGCAGAGCAAUGUCGCGCAAACAUCGUCUCACCCUCAGAAUGGAGCAAAACAUCGGGCGCAGUUCUUCAUUGGGCCUGAUGCCAACUCUCAAGAAGAAAGCCCGCCAGCCACCCCUAGGGUCGACUACACCCCCCCUGGCGCCAUCACGCCGGUAGGAGAACCGGAUGAUCCGUACGCCCGCAGCAAGCGUCCCCCUCAGCCUAAGAACCUUUCUCAGCUCGACCAGCGGUUUAUCUUUGGCGGCCGUGACUUCAAACGGCGUGCACAGACGUCGUCGUUCGGCCGUCCAUCGACGCCCCGGUCGGCAAGCGCGAGUGAUCUGAAGGCAAGUGACAGGCAACGUAGUGGGUUUUUUGGCAGCAAGAAGGACUCUAAACAGCAGGAACCUGAGGGUAAGCAUCAUGGUCAUAUGGCGGAGCUCAAGAGAUUCUUCAAGAUGGGUCAUCACAAACACAAACGCGCCGAGUCGCCGUCGUCGGCAGUGAAACGGUCGAGCAGGUCCUCUGGGAAGAGCACACCGUACCAACUGGCACCCGACAGCGUCCCGUUUGCCGAUGAUCAUGGGCUCAAUUCCAAGUACGGGAAGUUAGGGAAGGUUCUAGGAUCCGGGGCUGGUGGCUCUGUUCGGUUGUUAAAACGUAACAGCGACGGCGUGACUUUUGCCGUGAAGCAGUUUCGGGAUCGUCACUCAUGGGAGACGUUAAAGGAAUACUCGAAAAAAGUCACAGCAGAGUUCUGCAUUGGGUCAACCCUACACCAUGGCAACAUCAUCGAAACCCUUGAUAUCAUCCAAGAAGGGAACCAUUGGUAUGAGGUCAUGGAAUACGCCCCAUUCGACCUUUUUGCGAUUGUUAUGACCGGUAAGAUGCAGAAGGAGGAAGUUGCGUGCGCCUUCAAGCAGAUCCUCAGCGGAGUGGCCUAUUUACAUGGGAUGGGCUUGGCCCAUCGGGAUUUGAAACUUGAUAACGUAGUUGUCAACGAGCAUGGUAUUAUGAAGCUAAUUGACUUCGGGAGUGCUGUUGUUUUCCGGUACCCUUUUGAGAAUGAUAUUGUUCCUGCUUCAGGCAUUGUGGGUUCGGAUCCGUAUCUCGCACCGGAAGUAUAUGAUGAGAAGAAGUAUGACCCGCGUCCUACCGAUAUCUGGUCUCUGGCUAUUAUCUUCUGCUGCAUGAGUUUGCGGCGAUUCCCUUGGAAACAACCCCGGGUUAGCGAUAACUCCUAUAGACUCUUUGUGUCCUCCCCUACCCCAGGGACUCCGGUGCCAGAUGCUGAUCCGAAACGCCAUCGACCGAUCAAGUCUGCUCCUGACCUCUCUUCAUCUGCACGGGAAAGCCAGUCCUCGGAAUCAAAGAACGGAGUGUCUGGGCCACCACCAGAACAGUCUAAAAGCCAAGAUGCUCCAACAGCCCAACCGAAACCGGAAUCAACCACCCAAGACGAAAAUCGACCCCCAGAGAGCCCUCAGGAGAAGACACCUAGCGACAAUCAGAAAAAUGGCAAUAUUGACAACAAGCCGAGACGCACAACCAGCAAAGAAGCACCCCCACUCCCCCCCGGCUCGGCGCCGCCACAAGGACAACGUCAGGAAGUUAUCAAGGGCCCAUGGAGGCUUUUGCGGCUCCUGCCUCGUGAAAGUCGUUAUAUCAUCGGCCGGAUGCUCAAGGUGAGCGUGAAAGAGCGAGCGAUUCUCGAUGAUGUUUUAACCGAUGAAUGGAUUCGGAACAUCGAUGCCUGUCGACAAGAGGUCACUGGGGAGCUUUACAGGGCUCCGGGCCAUACACACAUUCUGGAGCCACCUUCUCCGAGCCCUGCAGUGGCCAGUAAGGCCAAAUAG